UGUAAUUUAGGAAGUGCUCGCCCAAAUACGCGAGGGAGCUGCUUCUCCCUCCCUCUCCUUUCCUCUCCCUUAAGGGCGUUUUUUUUUUUCAAACUUAGGAGGCGCCCCCACAAGUGCAACUUUUCUUUGCAGACUUCUGGUGAGGAGUGUAGGAGGGGACGAAAUCUGGAACAGUAUGAAAUAGUUUAUGUGCAAAGGGCAAGGAGUUGUGCAUUCAUUUGUGCGAGUAGUAAAACGACCGAUGCCAUUUUCUCCGGACUGACAGCCUGAGCAGUCUAGGUCAGUGGAUUUGAGGUAGUGUCCGAGCCGCGCUGAGGAGGAAAGCAAAAUAAAAUAAUGUCUGCUUUGAGUCCCUGGAGCAAAACUCUGCUAGUCGCCUGCCAGCUGCUUUUGUUUAAUCUCCUCUACAGCAGUCCGAGCAUACCUGAGGCAGAUAAUCAACAGUUGAUUCCAGACUUAGAAGGGGAUAUCCUUUUCCUCACAGACAGCUCUGGCAGUGUUUCCCAUUAUGAAUUUGCCAAAGUCAAAGAGUUUAUGGUGAGGCUUCUAAGACCCUUUUACAUUGGCCCAAAUGAUGUUCAGGUCAGUAUUGUCCACAUCAGUACUAUUCCCACUUUGGAGUUCCCUUUUGACCGCUUCAGAUCAAACAGUGACUUACUUUCUGCUGUUAAAAACAUGACACAAAAAAUGGGAGACACAAACACAGGAAAAGCUCUGCAAUAUGCCAAGGACACCAUAUUUACAGAUGCUACUGGGUCAAGGGCUGGUAUUCCAAAAGUUUUAGUUUGGGUAACUGAUGGAAUUUCAACAGAUGAUAUAUUACAACCCAUGAACCUUCUCAAGGAUUUUGGUGUGCAUGCAUUUAUUGUCAGCACUGGAAGAGGAAAUUAUGUUGAACUGUCAGAGGCUGCAAGCCAACCAACAGAGAAUCAUCUGUACUUUGUGGAAGUAGAUGACCUGCCAAUCAUCUUAGAUGAGCUACUGGACUCCAUCAUAGAGGUGAUCAGAACUAAAAGGCUCAGAGCUUACGAUAUUACAUCAAGAGGCUUCCAACUGAACUGGCCACCAUUCUUUUCAGAUGACGCUGGGUAUUACGUGCUUAAAUACUACUCUGCUACAGAACCCAACAGAAAAAUUUCCCAAAAUUUACCAGGAUCACAGACUUCCCUUAAAGUGGCCAAUCUACAUCCAGGCACAACCUAUGAAGUGACGCUAAUCCCAGAAACUAAUGUUGGACUCAUGAAACCACAGACAAUAACUGUGACUACUUUGAAAGAGCUGAUCGUUCCUAAAAGCCUCAGUGCUUAUGAUAUUACAUCAUCAGGCUUCAAAAUACAGUGGUCCCCACUCUUUUCUACUUACCCUGGGUCUUAUGUACUUGAAUACUACUCUGUUACAGAUCCCCAGAUGAAGUACACCCAGAAAUUAUCGGGAGAUCAGACUUCCCUUAAAGUGAGCAAUCUCUAUCCUGGGACAUCCUAUGAAGUAACACUCAUCCCAAAAUCUGAUGUAGUAUUUAUAACACCACAGAAAAUAACUGUGACUACUUUGAAAGAGGUGAUCGUUCCUAAAAGCCUCAGAGCUUACAAUAUUACAUCAAGUGGCUUUCGAUUACAGUGGUCACCACUCUUUUCCACUGAUGCUGGGUAUUAUGUACUUGAAUACUACCCUACCACAGAUCGCCAGAGGAAGUACACCCAGAAAUUAUCAGGAGAUCAAACUUCCCUUGAAGUGAGCAAUCUCUAUCCUGGGACAUCCUAUGAAGUGACACUGAUCCCACACUCUAAUGUAGUAUUUAUACCAGAACAGAAAAUAACCGUGACUACUUUGAAAGAGGUGAUUGUUCCUAAAAGCCUUAGUGCUUACAAUAUUACAUCAUCAGGCUUCCGAUUACAGUGGUCACCACUUUUUUCUACUUACCCUGGGUCUUAUGUACUUGAAAUCUACUCUGCUACAGAUCCCCAGAAGAAGUAUACCCAGAAUUUAUCAGGAGAUCAGACUUCCCUUGAAGUGAGCAAUCUCUAUCCUGGGUCAUCCUAUGAAGUAACACUCAUCCCACAAUCAAAUGUAGUAUUUAUAGCACCACAGAAAAUAACUGUGACUACUUUGAAAGAGAUGAUCGUUCCUAAAAGCCUCAGAGCUUACAAUAUUACAUCAAGAGGCUUUCGAUUACAGUGGUCACCACUCUUUUCCACUGAUGCUGGGUAUUAUGUACUUGAAUACUACCCUACCACAGAUCGCCAGAGGAAGUACACCCAGAAAUUAUCAGGAGAUCAGACUUCCCUUGAAGUGAGCAAUCUCUAUCCUGGGACAUCCUAUGAAGUGACACUGAUCCCACACUCUAAUGUAGUAUUUAUACCAGAACAGAAAAUAACCGUGACUACUUUGAAAGAGGUAAUGAUUCCUAAAAGCCUAAGUGCUUACAAUAUUACAUCAUCAAGCUUCCAAUUACAGUGGUCCCCACUCUUUUCUACUUACCCUGGGUCUUAUGUACUUGAAUACUACUCUGCUACAGAUUACCAUUGGAAGUACAUCCAGAAUUUAUUAGGAGAUCAGACUUCCCUUAAAGUGAGCAAUCUCUAUCCUGGGUCAUCCUAUCAAGUAACACUCAUCCCACAAUCAAAUGUAAUAUUUAUAGCACCACAGAAAAUAACUGUGACUACUUUGAAAGAUGAAGUCACUCCAACACAGAUUCUGAUCUCAGAGUCCAAGCCUCAUAGUUUCAAAGUCAGCUGGUCCCCUAAACUAGACAGUGUCUCUCAUUACCAGGUUUUGUACAGCCCCCUGCGUAGAGGAUCUGCCAAGUCGGUUAUAGUGGGAGGCAGCCAGAAUACCACAGUCCUGGAAAAUCUCCUGCCAAACACUACAUACCUGGUGACAGUAAUAGCACAGUAUAAAUCUGGGCUGGAAAAAGCCCUGUCAGCAAAAGCUUGUACUCUGGAAGAGAAUUCACAAAUAAGACAUCUACAUUUUCAGAGCAUGAAUCCAAACAGCUUACAGGCUUCAUGGGAACAAGCUGAUGGGAAUGUCUUGGGCUACAAGGUAAGAUGCAGAAGACAGGCGGGUCCACCAUCUUUGCAAAGUGUGGCACCACAGAUGAACAGCGUGAUUGUGACAGGACUAGCUCCAGGGACAGCAAACAGGAUCUGUGUGACACCAGUGUAUAGCGGUCAGAAAGGAAAGGCACUCUGCAAGACCACUUACAUCCAGCCUGGCCCACAUGGACUACAGUUUCACUGCCUACAUUGUGCGGGAGUUUAAGUCCAUUGAUCAGCUUCAGUCCCUGCCACAUAUCAGCCUCAGAAGCAAAUCUGCCAGCAAGGCCAGAACUGUUAGAUACGUUUUCCUGCAUUCAAAACCAGCAGAACUGGAAGACUGACGAAAAUUUUGAUCUGGAAAUGUAUUUUCCUCCACUACCUGAAAGCUGCAACUUCUGAAGCCUGCAUAAUUACAACAUUACCAAUUUACAAUACUUGAAGCUGUCUUAGUAUUGUCAACUAAUACUAUAACUAUACCACAGACAGCUGUGUCAUCUUGAAGAAUAAGUUUAUGGCCAGUAGAAAAUUAAAAACCUGGGUUUGUAUUGCCCUCUGGUGGUAAAGAUUGGAAAAUGCAACAUUUUAAUCAUGUUACUGAUAAUGAAUGUGUUGUGUUUUGCAGGCGUUAUAAGACUUUUUAUUUUCUGUCCUCAGAAACUCAUGAGGAAACACUGUAACUUAAUCUAAAUCUAUACUGUUUCAGUUGUCAUGUUAUGUUAUACUAAUUGUUAUGCAAAGUUGUACGUAUUUUAUCAGGUAACAUUAAAUCCAGGCUGCACUAUACUGUACUUGUAAAUAUAAAACAAAUGAGAGCAAAUUACAACACACAUAACUGCACUACUCUCCAUUAUUAAUAUAUGUUUGUUAUAAUGUAUUUUUUAGCCUGUAAACAGGUAUUGCAAAUAAUUCUUAAAGAGACAACUUGUAACCAAUUAAGUGUGCACUUAAGGUGAUUUACUGAAUCGUGCAACUAAAACCUGACAGUAUGACAAAGUAGUAUGAAAUAUCUGUAUAGAAAAGAGAGCGUUGUUCUUUAUUCAGUGGCACUAGAUCAGUCAGCAUAUAUUCAGUGAAGACUUCUUGCCAGUUAUGUAAAUCUUACAAAGGAAAUUUCAUUACAACCCCAAAACUAUGCUGAUUCAGUGCUAGAAUAAAACUAAAAGCAUUACCCUUGUAUUUUACCAUAAUACAAUUCUGUAUGAGUGAUAUUCAAAUUAAUUGUACUUUUUUAGUUUCAUUUAAAUAAUGCAAACAGUAUGAUGCUUUUAAUUUGCUAUUUUAAUUUUCAGUCCAAAAAGAGCAGUAUAUUGUCUUAAAAAGAAACUUUACUCUGAUUUUAACUGAGAAAUUACCAUACAAAUUAACAAUGUUGUACUUUGAAAAUACAUGGAGCAGUCAGUCUCAUCUGGAAAGUUUCUAUAUUAUAAAAUGAUUUCUAAAACUAUUUUUUUUUUUGGGGGGGGGUCACUGUGCUGUUGCAUUGGAAUAAAAUUAAGCCCUUUGCCUUGAUAAUUUACAGUACCCAGUUUGUAAUGCAGUCAGAAGACCCUAGUUGCAUUAUUUUUGGCAAAAGUAAAAUUGGAAUGGGCUGAGGAGCUGUAUGUUGCCCAUUACAGCAGGAACUAAAAAAUGUUACUGCAAGAAAAUUCCUUUAUUGGAUGAAGAUUGAAAAAAUAAAUAAAUAAAUAAAUUGCAAACACGAA